AGGGCUCACCCCACCAUGGAUGCGAUUUUGCCAUGUCGACUGUCCCGCUAUUUGAACUUUUGAAUUGCGACUCUAAAGUCUAGGAUUAAUCCAUCAACCCAGCCUGUAAAGGCUCGUAGACUAGUUGCACUUCCUUUAUCCCUGUGAUCGCGGCGAGUUGAGUCGCCAAAGUCGCCGAGAUGGUGAACAUUACGGAGAAAAUCAAGGAGAUUGAGGAUGAGAUGAGGAGGACGCAGAAGAACAAGGCCACAGAAUACCACCUUGGUCUGUUGAAAGGAAAGCUCGCCCGACUUCGCGCACAACUCCUCGAACCCGGCCCCGGAGCCGGCGGCGGUGGCGGCUCCGGCUUCGACGUCAGCAAAAGCGGUGAUGCCCGAAUAGCCCUCGUCGGGUUUCCGUCCGUGGGAAAAUCGACGUUCUUGUCUAAAGUAACCAAGACGAAGUCGGAAGUUGCUUCGUACUCUUUCACAACCCUGACGGCAAUCCCGGGUGUACUCGAAUACGGUGGCGCCGAAAUCCAGCUGCUUGAUCUACCCGGUAUCAUUGAAGGAGCUUCGGAAGGUAAGGGGCGUGGGCGACAGGUCAUCUCGGCAGCCAAGACGAGCGAUUUGAUUCUGAUGGUGCUCGACGCGACCAAGAAGGCCGAGCAGCGGGCGCUUCUGGAGGCUGAGUUGGAGGCAGUGGGGAUCCGGUUGAACAGAGAGCCGCCCAACAUCUACCUCAAGCCGAAGAAAGCGGGCGGCAUGAAGAUCACCUUUCAAUCGCCGCCGAAGAACCUCGACGAGAAGAUGCUGUACAACAUCCUUCGGGACUACAAGAUGCUGAACUGCGAGGUGCUGGUGCGGGACGAGGACGCGACGGUGGACGACCUGAUCGACGUCAUCAUGAAGGACCACCGCAAGUACAUCAAGUGCCUGUACGUGUACAACAAGAUCGACAGCGUGUCGCUCGACUUCCUCGACAAGCUGGCCCGUGAGCCCCAGACCGUCGUCAUGAGCUGCGAGCUCGACCUCGGCAUCCAGGAUGUCGUCGAGCGGUGCUGGGACGAGCUCAAGCUGAUUCGCAUCUACACUAAACGGAAAGGUAUUGACCCAGACUUUAGUGAGGCGCUUAUUGUGAGGAGCAACAGCACCAUCGAGGAUGUAUGUGAUCGCAUCCAUAGGACGCUGAAGGAUACGUACAAGUACGCCUUGGUGUGGGGGGCAAGCGCGAGACAUGUCCCCCAGAGGGUUGGGCUGUCGCAUCCGGUGGCAGAUCAAGACGUCGUCUACAUAGUUAGUGGUUAUAAGGCGUAGGUUUGUCUGCUUGGGCACCAAAUACAGCAAACAAUGUUGAUGUCACAAGAAAGCAGCACUCGCAUUCAGUCGUAAUUCCGC